GAGGAAAAGACAGACAGGAGUGAGUUAGAAAGAAAGAGGCGAUUACAGGAAGAAAUUAAAGGAGAGAUGAGGCAGAAAAUUUAGGUGGAGUGAGGUGUUAGUUGAAACACAAAGAGGAUGACGCUUUCCAAGACCAGCAUGUGUCCCUGGGAUACAUUUUAUGUUUUAAGGGAAGACUUUGUUCUUUAAAAAGACUUAAUGAAUCAUCUUCAGUCUUCAAACAACAUGUGGAGAGACCAGAGGUGACUUGUGGAAGCCAGCUUGAGAAAUCAUCAACGUCUGUAGUGAUGAUGAUUUAAAUGACGAUGAAGUGGCGAUAGGGGAAUUGUGCCUGCAUCUUCUUGUGUGUGAGGGAUGCUUUGCUUGACCCAGGAGAACAAGGAAUAAGUGUGUUGCUGUCAAAGUGCAGAGGAAGUGACAUUUUACACUCAUCAAAGAGGCUACUGGCUUGGUGAUGUCACGUGAACGGCUGCCUCUCAUUGGUUCAUCUGGGAGUAAAACAACAGCCAAGCCACCUGUCUCCUCCCCCGCUCUCCAGCGUCGCCACCAGGACAAUCGCCGUAAACACAGCCAGCAGCAGACAUCUUCCUCCUCCUCUCACCCUCAUCCAGGGCCCUCCAUCCUCUCAGACACCAGCAUGACACCUUGGGGAGGCCUGGCUCUCUCUGAAUCCUCCUUUACCUCAAUCCCCCCACCUCCUCCUCCACGACCCCCUCAACCUCCACCUCCACUUCCUCCUGCUCCUCAGCCCACGCCCUCUACCCCCUAUCGUGGAAGACAGAACGAAGAUGAAGAUGCCUCAAGUUUUAACUCUCAAGUUCCAUCCCCACCCGUGACAGUCCCUCAGGACAGUUCAGGUGGAGGGGGAAGAGAAUUGCGGGCGAGACGGAGGGUGUUGCCCCAGCGCCGGGUGCCUCGUCCUCCCCGUCUCCCGCCACUGCGUCCGGUCACCAACCUCAGUUUCUCCCGGAGCUUCACCUUCUCUUUCUUCGAGCUGCCGCUGCACCAGUCGCCUCGCUGCCGUGCUGAACGCAUCCGAAACCUCAUGCUGCUUUUGAGACAGAUACACUACUGAAGGAUGCGUGGACAGUAUUUUCCUUUUCACAGGACACCAAUCUGCUUUUCUCAAAUAUAUUAUUUUGUUUUAUUAGUGCUACAUGUAACAUUUUUUGUCAUUGUUAAAUAACCUGAGAUGUUUCUAUGUAUGAACAAAUGAGACAUCCUGGGCAUCCUAUUAAAUCAGUGUGUAUCAAGUUUUGAAACAUGUUUCUUUGACAUCUUUACCUUCAAUUUUCUGUAGAGUGCAUAUUUUAUUUUUUAAUGAUCUAGAGCCCUGGCUUUUUUCUCUUUUGUGGUGCGAUUAAAAGGACAAUAAAAACCACUUCAUAUUCAUUUUGAGUUUCUGUAAAGACAGUUUCUAUAACAGUUUCUCUUCAGGCACUUUUUGUGUUUCGCACAGUUUCUAUCUACAUGUGCUUCUCAUUCUUCA